AUGCGGAAGAAGCACUUUCAUGAAGCCAUCACUCUCUUCAACUUGGUGGAGCGGGAGGAGGAGGUGAGGGAGGCGGUGCUGGUGGGGCGUGGCAUCGCGCACUCGCUGCUGGGCCACCACCGCCUCGCCCUCUCCGACUUCUCCACCGGGGUGAAGCUGUUUCCCAACAAUGCGGAGCUUUGGAGGCGACGAGGCUUGCUUCACGCCGGCAUGGGCAAGAGGAGAGAGGCGAUGGCGGACCUCUCUCGCUCGCUGGACCUCGACCCCGCCAACCAAGAGGCGCUGCUGCACCGAGGCACGCUGCACUUCCACCUUCACGAUUACUGGGCGGCCAUCCGCGACUUCUCCACUCUGCACAAUGCACGCCCGCCCGACCCACUUCUCUUUAACGCCCUCGGUCUGGCGCUAGCAGGGGCGGGGGAGUGGCGGCGGGCGGCGGAGGUGUUUGAGCGCGGGGCGGCGCUCUUCCCGCGGGCGGCACAGCUGUGGCUGGAGGGCGGGCGCGCGUUCAAGGAGCUGGGCGCCGUGCAGCCGGCGCUGCAUGCGCUGGAGCGAGCCGUGGCUCUGGAGGAGUCAACAGUGGCAUACCACCGCCUGGCAUCGCUGCACCAGCUCACAGGCGAUCACAGGGCGGCGAUGGAGAGUGCGCAGAGGGGGCUGCGGGGCAACCCGGGCGACAUCGAGCUGAACCACGCUGUGGCCUCCGCCCUCCAUGCUAUCGGCGACUUCCCCAGUGCUCUGAGGCAGUACGACCACGUCCUCAGCCUCAGUGCGGGGGACACCCCGGGUGCCUUCCAUGUGCUGCAGUUCAUGGCCUUCUAUCAGAGGGAGAUAGCGGCGUACACGGUGCUGCGCCUCGACGCCCCGUUCACCGCCUUCCACCUCGACCACCACCUUGACGUCAACUUCCGUGAGGCGUGGGUAAAGAAGCUCUCGCCGUGGACGCUCUUCCCCGCCUACCAGCCCAUCCGCCUCACCCAACCAAUCCUCUCAGCGGCCUCCCAAGCCUCGCUGCCGAGCCUGUCGAAGCAGGCGCUGGUUGUGAUAGGCGAGGCGGACAGGAUCGGGCAGCGCACGCAGUACCACGUGGACGGCUUCUUCCCCAACCGCCGCCAGUACCGCAUGGCAGGGCUAGCCAUGCUUGACAUCAUGCAGCGAGUCGCGUCCACGUGGCACGCCAUGGCCUCUGCCACGUCAUCACAGAACAACAGCGAAUCUCAUGAUGCCACGUCAUCACGUGAAGCCACGUGCUCACCUGCUGCAGCGCUGGACAGUGAGGCCGCUGCACCUCCAGCCUCGCCUCACUCCCCCUCCCCCUCCAUGCCUCCCGCCUCACCCACUGCUCCUACUGCUGCCACUGCGCCUGACUCCGCUGUGGCUGGCAGCAGCCAGAAGGGAAGUAACAGCAAUAGAGGGAAGGGUGAGGAGGGCAGGCGGCGGAGGGGCAGAGGCGGCAACAGCAAGAGCAAAGGCAGGGGGCAAGGAGGCGAGGUGAUUGGGGGGUGGAGGGAGGUGUUUGACAGCAUCGUGCGGUGGAGGCAGAUUGCCGAGCCCACCGACACCGUUGCAUGGAUCGAUGCCCUCAAGAACGAGUUUGAGGGGGGGUUUGGGUCCAUCACAGCCAUGGCGGUGGGCCCCUCGCGCAACCUCAAGUACCACCCGCUCGCCCCCCGCGCCCUCGCCCUCCUGCGCUCCCGCCUCCUACAAACCCGCCUCGCCGCCAACGCUGCUGGCUCGCCGCUCCCUCUGCCAACCAGCCGACUGCCCGAGAUCGAGAGGGCGGAGGGGGUGGGCGAGGUGCAUGCGGUCGUGGGGGAGAACUUCUUUGUCACCACCGACUGCCACAGCCUCGCUUCCCCGGGCGUGGUGCUCAACGGCACGCAGCUCACCGUCGUUCACUCGGGGGCGGGGUUUGACUUUGCCAUCCGCACGCCCGUCACGCCGCCGCGCUGGAAGCACUUUGACGCCGAGCUCGCUGCCGCGUGGCGGGACCUAUGUGCCGCCGUGUUGGACCGUGCCCUGGAGACAGCUGAUGCCGCCCGCUAUCGCCAACGCAUUCAGGAAAAUAUUCUGCGAAUUGGAUACUAUUGGUACCAGUUCAUGCCGUUGACGAGAGGCAGUGCCAUGGUGGGGCUCAUCGCCGUGCUCGGCCUCUCCAUGGCCGCCGGCAUGCUCACCACCGCCCCCAUUCCGCAUGGCAUGCAGGUGGACUGGGAGGCCAUCCUCGUGCCGCACUUUGCAGCCUUCAAUGCGUCGGUGGCGCCGUGGCUGUACGCGCCCGCCACUGUUCUCGCUGCACCCUCCCACCUGCCGCUCGUGGCCCACGUGCUGCCCUCCACACGCCAUGUCAUCGCUGCUCUCAACCACCAAGGCUGA